UAUUGCUAUCUCAUAGUCAGUUAUUGCUAUCUCAUAGUCAGUUAUUGCUAUCUCAUAGCCAGUUAUUGCUAUCUCAUAGCCAGUUAUUGUUAUCUCAUAGUCAGUUAUUGCUAUCUCAUAGUCAGUUAUUGCUAUCUCAUAGUCAGUCAUUGCCAUCUCAUAGUCAGUUAUUGCUAUCUCAUAGUCAGUUAUUGCUAUCUCAUAGUCAGUUAUUGCUAUCUCAUAGUCAGUUAUUGCUAUCUCAUAGUCAUUUAUUUCUAUCUCAUAGCCAGUUAUUGCUAUCUCAUAGUCAGUUAUUGCUAUCUCAUAGCCAGUUAUUGCUAUCUCAUAGCCAGUUAUUGUUAUCUCAUAGUCAGUUAUUGCUAUCUCAUAGUCAGUUAUUGCUAUCUCAUAGUCAGUUAUUGCUAUCUCAUAGCCAGUUAUUGCUAUCUCAUAGCCAGUUACUGUUAUCUCAUAGUCAGUUAUUGCUAUCUCAUAGUCAGUUAUUGCUAUCUCAUAGUCAGUUAUUGCCAUCUCAUAGUCAGUUAUUGCUAUCUCAUAAUCAGGACUUGUAUUCUCACAUCAGGACGACUUGUUAUCUAA